AUGUCAUACCAAGAACAAUUCUUAACCACUGCAUUAGAGUCCAAUGCGUUGAAGUUCGGCUCCUUCACCCUUAAGUCCGGCCGUCAGUCUCCAUACUUCUUCAACUUGGGAUUCUUUAACACCGGCAAGUUAUUGUCUAACUUGGCAUCUAGUUAUGCUCGGGCUAUCAUUGAUGCUGGAAUCAAGUUCGACGUAUUGUUUGGUCCAGCAUACAAGGGGAUCCCCUUAUGUGCCAUUACUGUUGCCAAAUUGGCUGAGUUGGACCCAGAAAACUAUGGUUCUGUUGGUUAUGCCUUCAACCGUAAGGAGAAGAAGGAUCAUGGUGAAGGAGGAUCUAUUGUAGGGUCUGGAUUACAAGGGAAACGGAUUUUGAUUAUUGAUGAUGUUAUGACUGCUGGUACUGCCAUUAACGAAGCAUUUGAAAUCAUUGCUGGUGAAAAGGGUAAUGUGGUUGGUUGUAUUAUUGCUUUAGACAGACAAGAAACCACCACCAGUACUUCUAACCAAUCAGCUACUCAAGCUGUGUCCGAAAGAUAUGGAAUCCCAGUUAUAUCCAUUGUAUCUUUGACAGAUAUUGUUUCAUUAUUAAAGCAUAAGCUUACAGAAGAAGAGUUGGCUUCUAUUGAAAAGUACAGACAAGAAUAUGCUCCUAAAUAG